GUGACUCUGCUUAGUUCUCAGUUUAUCCCAAGCCUUGCACAGGAAAAGACCUAAAUUAAACGAUUAAAAAUGAGUGAUGACAAAAAUGUAUUACUGGAGGAUGACUGCUACAAGAUCAUCGAAAUGGACAUCGAGUCUGGAAAUAAUGAGGAAAAUGAUCAUGAAAUCGAGAUUUUAGAAGAAGAAGUAAAUCCUUCGUACCGAUUUUUGCAGAACUGCAACAGUGUGGCCUUGUGGAUAUGCGUUCUCUAUAACUUGUGUAUAGUUGUGCUUUUAGUUUUCAUAUUUGUUUACAAGAAGUUCAAUUAAAAUG